UGUGUGUGUAUGCUGGGUGGACCAAUUUUCUUGUUAUUUUCAAGCUCCUCCAUGGCUGUCUGUUCCUUAAAUCUUAAUCUGGUGGGGAGUUUUCGGAGAACUGUUCUUUAAAUUACUGUGAUAUUGUUAAAACAGUCAACCUUCUAAAGGUACAAUCUUCAAUAUUUCUGCAAUUCUUUCUUCAUCGCUGUGAAAUGCUUCAUAUUAUAUCGGAUUUUAAGUUUUAUUUGAAGAGUCGCAUUUGACAUUUGAUCUUUGGAUGUUCAAAUUUGGUUGUUUGGUGUAAAGGAGCAAUGUUUUGUGUAAUUAUUGAGGAGAAAGAGGGGAACCCCGAACCCUAUUGAUUGUUGUAUAUUUUGGGGGAUUUGAUUGGGUUAUUUGAUGGAUUUAUGUGUAUCAGAUCAAUAAGAAGAGUUGGAUUUGUUUGUGUGUAGUAUAAUGGAGAACUACAAUUCUCAGUCUCCCUAUCCAUAUGGCAAUGCCUAUGGGUAUCCUCAGGUUCCACCAUCUUCAAAUCAACCUUACCCUCCUCCUCCUAGCUCUGGUGCAUAUCCCCCAUACCCAUACCCUCACCCCCCUCACUCUCACCCUCAAUAUCCUCAGUAUCCACCCCCUUUCACCACUUCACAUUCUGGCCAUUUGAGCUAUGCUCCCCCAGCUCCUUCUACUGGUGGAUACCAGCCAGGUCCAGUAGAUUAUGGAUAUCCCCCACCACCAUCACCACAUCCUCAUCCUGGUCUUGUUCCUUAUCCCUACCAUGGAUAUAUGCCUCCUCCAGCUUCGCCCGCUCAACCUAUUCUUCAACAUUAUGGUAGUUUCGAUUAUGGUUCAUCUCAGCACUAUCCACAACCUGUGCCUCCUCAGUCUCUAGAGAGCCACCCGUCAAGAGUCAAUGUCUACCCUAUGCUUGAUCACCAAGCUAGUACAUUGUCUAGUAGUAGUAAUGUGACAAAUUAUGAUCAUGGCAUAGAUAACGCCCCCACAUGCCCUCCAGCUUAUCCGCCUGUGGAAGAUCUUUUAGCAAACAUGCAAUUGUCAGAGAAUCACCCUCCUGUCCCUGCACCAGGUUCAGUACCUGAUUCCCCUCCAAUGUACCACUCAAAUCCAGGAUCUAUGCCCACAAACUAUAAUGCGCAGGGGACAAUAUAUGGGUAUCCUAAUUCCUCCUUCUCAAGUUGGGAUACAUGUUCUUCACAAGCUGAGUUCAUUCCUCAUCAUCGUCCUACACAUUCAAGCUCAUUUAUGGAAACAGGCUCUGAUCAGAGUCUCCAACUUGUGCCAGUCUUGUCUUCUAAAGGCUCUCUGAGGGUUUUGUUAUUACAUGGGAAUCUGGAUAUUUGGGUCUAUGAAGCAAAAAAUCUUCCAAACAUGGAUAUGUUUCAUAAAACAAUAGGGGAUGUGUUCAAACUGCCAGGUAAUGGCAACAAUAAGAUUGAAGGACACACGAGUCAUAAGAUCACAAGCGAUCCCUAUGUCUCAAUUUCAGUAGCAGGUGCAACCAUUGGGCGGACUUAUGUGAUGAGCAACAGUGAAAAUCCUGUUUGGAAGCAACAUUUUUAUGUCCCUGUUGCACAUUCUGCUGCUGAAGUGCAUUUUGUUGUGAAGGACAGUGAUGUGGUAGGAUCCCAGCUUAUAGGAACUGUGGCAAUUCCAGUGGAACACAUAUAUGGAGGGGGAAAAGUUGAGGGGUUCUUUCCAAUCCUUACAAGUAAUGGGAGGCCUUGCAAGGUGGGAGCUGUCUUGAGUCUCUCCAUCCAAUAUACACCAAUGGAGCAAUUGAGCAUUUACCAUUCUGGAGUUGGAGCUGGUCCUGAGUAUGAUGGGGUUCCUGGGACGUAUUUUCCACUAAGGAAGGGUGGAAAUGUUACUCUUUACCAAGAUGCACAUGUUCCUGAUGGAUUCCUUCCAAAUUUGCCACUUGAUCAUGGGAUGCAGUACGUACAUGGGAAAUGCUGGCAUGAUAUCUUCUGUGCAAUACGAAGUGCCAGGAGGUUGAUCUAUAUCACUGGAUGGUCAGUGUGGCACAAUGUCAGAUUGAUUAGAGAUGAUAAUUCUGUGGAAGGCUACACUUUGGGGGAACUGCUGAAGUCAAAGUCACAGGAAGGAGUGAGGGUUCUGUUGCUUGUAUGGGAUGAUCCGACCUCAAGGAGCAUUCUUGGAUAUAAAACGGAUGGAGUCAUGGCAACCCAUGAUGAAGAAACUCGUCGCUUUUUUAAACACUCUUCAGUACAAGUUCUUCUUUGUCCUCGUGUAGCUGGGAAACGGCAUAGUUGGCUGAAGCAGAGGGAAGUUGGAGUUAUUUAUACACAUCAUCAGAAAACUGUGAUAGUUGAUGCUGAGGCUGGCAACAAUAGAAGAACAAUUAUAGCGUUUGUUGGAGGACUUGACUUGUGUGAUGGUCGAUAUGAUACUCCAGAGCAUCCUAUAUUUAGAACUCUGCAGACUCUGCACUCAGACGACUACCAUAAUCCCACAUUCGCUGGGAGUGUUGCCGGUUGUGCUAGAGAACCAUGGCAUGACUUGCACUGUAAAAUUGAUGGUCCAGCGGCAUAUGACGUUCUGACCAAUUUUGAAGAGCGGUGGUUAAAGGCUGCAAAGCCCCAUGGCAUUAAAAAAUUGAAGAUGUCAUAUGAUGAUGCCUUGCUACGAAUAGGAAGAAUGCCUGAAAUUCUAGGUAUAUCUGAUAUCCCAUAUGUGAGCGGUGAUGAUCCUGAAGGUUGGCAUGUGCAGAUCUUCCGUUCAAUAGACUCCAAUUCUGUUAAAGGCUUUCCUAAGGAUCCUAAAGAAGCUACAAUGAAGAACCUGAUGUGUGGGAAGAACGUACUUAUUGAUAUGAGCAUACACUCAGCAUAUGUGAAGGCUAUUCGUUCUGCACAACAUUAUAUCUAUAUUGAAAACCAAUACUUUAUUGGCUCCUCAUACAACUGGAGUCAAUAUAAAGACGUCGGUGCCGAUAAUUUGAUUCCAAUGGAAAUUGCACUCAAAAUUGCAGACAAAAUAAGAGCAAAUCAAAGAUUUGCAGUAUAUAUUGUCAUCCCAAUGUGGCCAGAGGGUAAUCCAACAGGUGCUGCUACACAAAGGAUUCUUUUCUGGCAGAACAAGACAAUGCAAAUGAUGUAUGAUACUAUUUACAAGGCUUUAGUGGAAGUUGGACUCGAGGAUUCAUUUUCUCCAGAAGAUUAUUUAAACUUCUUUUGUCUCGGAAACCGUGAGACUCCCUGUGCCAAUGAUGCACCAACCAAUGAGAAUCCUGUCGCAGCAAAUAGUCCUCAGGCACUCUGUCAAAAAUACCGUAGGUUCAUGAUUUAUGUGCAUUCUAAAGGCAUGAUUGUGGAUGACGAGUAUGUGAUAUUGGGUUCAGCAAACAUCAACCAGCGCUCCUUAGAGGGUACCCGAGAUACAGAGAUUGCGAUGGGAGCUUAUCAACCCCAUCAUACAUGGGCAAGAAAACAAUCAAAUCCCCGUGGACAGAUUUAUGGAUACAGAAUGUCGCUCUGGGCCGAGCAUCUUGGAGUGCUAGAGGACUGUUUUACGCAGCCAGAGUCUAUAGAUUGUGUACGACGAGUUAGAUCAAUGGGAGAGGCGAACUGGAGACAAUUUGCAGCCGAUGAAGUAACAGAAAUGAGAGCGCAUCUACUGAAGUACCCCGUGGAAGUCGAUCGCAAAGGCAAAGUGAAUUCUCUUCCUGGAUGUCAAAACUUCCCAGAUGUUGGAGGAAGCAUAGUAGGAUCAUUUCUUGCCAUUCAGGAAAAUCUCACCAUCUGAUUUUUGCUGUUUUUUUUUUUUUUUUUUUUUUUUUGUUUUUUUGCAAAGUUCAAACCUUUACCAAAAUUAUAGAACAAUGACAGGAUUUGAAAGUGCAGUUUUUCACCUUGUUACUUAUA